AUGGCGCAAACCCGGGAGCGAGACGAGGCCUCCCACCAGGGCGGCUCCUCGGCCCUGUCCGUGAGAUGGGUGCAAGGAUUUCCUAAGCAGAAUAUUCAUUUUGUGAAUGACAACACCAUUUGCUACCCUUCUGGAAAUUACAUAAUAUUUAUUAAUCUUGAAACCAAGAAAAGGACUCUACUCUCAUGUGCUAAUGGAAUUGUGGGCGUUGUGGCAACUAAUGUUCCGUAUGAAAUUGUGGCUUUUUCUGACCGGAAAUUAAAACCCCUUAUCCACAUAUACAGCUUUCCUGAAUUGAUGAGAAAGAACAAAUUAAAAGGCAACAUUCUUCUGGACUACACUUUGCUUUCAUUCAGUUAUUGUGGUACCUACCUGGCUAGUUACUCUUCUCUCCCAGAAUUUGAACUGGCUCUCUGGAACUGGGAAUUAAAUGUCAUUUUGUGCAAGAAAUCACAGCUUGGUUUGGAUGUGAGCCAGAUGACUUUCAACCCCAUGAACUGGCACCAACUGUGCUUAUCAAGUUCAAGUUCAGUGAGCGUGUGGACCAUUGAAAGAAGUAACCAGGAACAUUAUUUAAAAGCAAAGUCAGUAAAGCUACCUCAAGAAGAUGGGACAUUUUUUAAUGAAACAGAUAUACUUUUCCCCAGUACGUUGCUCAAGGAUCCCAUCUAUGGGCCUGUGAUGCCCCUGUCUGCCAUUGCUGGGCUAGUAGGUGAAGAGGCAGAAACUUUCAGGCCAAAAGAUGAUGUAUAUCCUUUGCUUCACCCCACUAUGCAUUGCUGGACUCCAACAAGUGACUUGUACGUGGGCUGUGAGGAGGGUCAUCUCCUGAUGAUUAACGCAGAGACCUUGAAGGUGACAGUGCUGCAGAAGAGGGAAGAUGCAACGCUAUUGGAGGAUGGAGUAAAACUUAUCAGUCCAAGCAUCUUGGUAUAUCAGAAGGAUGGCAUCAUUGUUUCUGGAAUUGAUGGUGUGUUGUACUCUUUCAUUGUUAAAGAUUCAAAAUACAGCGUAGAGAAUCUUCUCACCAUGAAGGAACCUGUGGAACAUUUGGUAUUUUCUCCCAAUUAUAAAACAUUGCUGAUUCAAACAGAAAAGGGAUCUAUUUAUGGCUACGCUUUUGAUGAGAAGACACCAUUAAAUAAGAUCCUAGUUGCUUGUGAUGGGAAUUUUCAGGCGGUUGACUUUAUCACUCCUGGAAACAAAUUCUUCAUGACAAUCACAGCUUCUGGAGAAGUUAAUAUUUGGUCCAUGGAGGAUUGUACUUGUCUAAGCAAGCUUUAUCUGAAAACCGCAACAACAACUGUGGCAUGCUCUCCCUCUUCUUUAUCUGCUGCCGUGGGGACUAUGGACGGCUGUGUGUACUUCCUGGACAUCCAGGACGAGGAAUACCCAGAAGUGGUUCACAAGUCCUUCCUCUCCGAGUCGCCCGUGCACCACCUUGUUUUUGACCAGCUAGGACUGUUUCUUUUUGCUGGAACAGCAGAAGGAAAGCUCUUUAUUAUCAAUGCCAAGCCCUCAAGUUUAUUUAAGAUUCUUGGAUUCACAGAGUCAGGUAAAGAAAUCCUACAGAUAUCCACAGUGUCUAUUCUGGAAAGAGACUUAGUAGAAGUGAUGGUACUUUCCCCACUUCCAGAAACAGGAAGCAGCAGGCUGGAAAUAUUUACUCUGCCUAAAAUAUUACCACAAGUUUCUACAGGCUUUUCCGACGAAAGGGGGAGGCUGCAAGACGUGCUGGUUCAUAAGUUCCUGUACGAAACGGAGCACGCGCUGUCUUCUGCGGUCCUGGGCUUUCAAAACAAUCGCAUCUAUGGCUUCUGUAGUCAAGUUCCAUACAUCUGUAGCUAUCUUAUUCCUGAAACAGAACAUAUUGGUGUUUGUGUUCUUAAGCCAUUCCAAAAAAUGCAAAGCAAACAAUAUGGACCAGGAAGGCUCUCUCUGUCUUUACACGGAUUGUGGCUCAUGUCAAUAGCUAAAUGUGGAAUUCUCUGCAUCCGAGAUACUGUGACUUUGGAACCAUUUUCUCGGUACCGGAGUCAUUCUCACCAUGGACAAGGAAUUCAAUCCUUGAGAAUUUCCAUGGAUGGACAACAUAUUCUGGCAUCUGGGAAAGAUGACACCACCCUUGUCUACCUAAAAUGGAGGCGGCUUGCAGGAAAUUUAGCCACUGAAAUGACCUCAUAUUGCCGGAGAAUACUAACUUUCAUGAUUGGCACCAUGGAAGAGGAGAAUAAUUAUUUAACUACACGCCAUGGUUCCAUAGAUUUGGCAAGCGAACCUGAACGCACAAAAGGAAAACCAAAUAUUGACUCAUCACAAGAGGACUUGCAAAUCCCUGAAGAAAGUCACCAGAAGGAACGUUCUUGGAUUGAACAAAAAAGCCAAGAGGCAAUCAAAAAUGAGAUUAAACUGUUUUCUCAGAAAAGAAAAGACAUAAAGAUGGGAAUCAAGCUGCUCACUAAAACAAUUGUGAGGAUGAUGGAAGAAAAUGAAGAAGUAGAUUCUAUUGCAAAAUUAGAGGAAGAGGAAUUUGCCUUGGAUCUUGAGGAACUGGAAAGGCUUCAAGACCAAAGUGAAGAGGAGGUGGCAAAGAUAAAGAAAGAUGCUGAGUUGCAUAACCUCGCCAAGAGCUAUUUGACUGAGCUGAUCAAAGAAGAGUGCUGGAAUUCCAUGGCUGUGAAAGGGCGAGCUCUGAAGUGCUUUCACAUCCCCUGCACAGUUGAGAACUUCCCAAUGAAAGAUCGCACAGCUGAGGAGGAAGAAGAAUUGAAGACAGUUUUGCAGCAAAGGAAGAUUGAAGCCGAAUGCCUUAAACUACGGAAAGAAAUUAUAGAGACCCAGUCUGCAAUGACCUUGGUUAAAAAGCUUCAUGAAGAGGAUGAUGAAGAAGAAGAAGAAGAAAAUAAGACAAUAAAAGAAACUAACUUGCCUGAUUACUUGCUUGGCAGUUUGAGUUCUGAAUUUGGGGUGGAUACCUCUUUGUUGCCAAGCCAAUUGGAACUUCAUUCCAGAGAGGAGAAAAUCAACCAAAUUAUAUUGUUAAAAGAUAUUAUUUACAAGGUAAAAACUGCUUUCAAUAAUGAGUUUAAUGCUGCAUAUAAACAAAAAGAGUUUGAAAUUGCACGUGUGAAAGAAAGAAAUGUUAGAAUCAAAGAAAUCGUUUUAGAUCUGGAGUUGGAAGAAAUAGUUUGGCAACCAGAAUUUGAAGACUGUGAGAAGCCAGAAAGAGCCCUCGUUGUGGAAGAUCACGAGAUCGAAGUCCAAAAAUAUAUUAAGCCUCGGAAAAAAAACAAAGUAGAUGUGCUCACACACCAGGAUACAGACCGAUGGCUUCAUCCACAGGGCUCCGACGACAGACAAAGAGGCCUGAUGGACAUGAUGGGAGGUGUUCUCGAAGUCAAGAAGGAAGACAUUUUGCGAAUGGUGAUCCCAGAGCCUCCUUUUAUGUCAAAAUCUGAUAACUUGUGGACUGAAGAUGAAAAGAAACAAUUUAAAGAGUAUGAGAAGAAAGUCAAGGAGUUAAAUGAAGAAAGAGAUAAGUAUAGAAAGUCCUUAGAAGCAGAAUUGAAGAAAUUGCAAAACUCCAUUCAAGAAAGCACACAGAGUUUUGAUGACCAUUUGAAAAGACUCUUUGAAAGAAGGGUGAAAGCAGAGAUGGUUGUCAACCAGGAAGAAUUGAAAAUAAAUAAUCUGGUUUUUUCUUUACUGUUGGAAGAAGAAUUAAACUCCAGAGAAGAGUUCUUGAAUAACUACCGUGCUAAGAAGCAGGAGGAGAAAAGCCAGACAACAGAGGCCAUCCGGAAAGCUAAAGAGGACCUGGAUAUGUACAAGGAGCACUAUGACAAUUUAGUGGCAGAAGACAAGCUUCCUCUUGUACAAGAGUGGGGAGAUCACCAAGCCUUUAAAGCUUUUCAGACUCCCAAGUGUAGAUCCUGUGAGUUGGACAUGAAUCAAUUUAGUAGGGUUCACAAGCAUAAAACACAACCAGAUUCAGCCAGUGUUGUCCCUUUUGGAGAGCGACCAGAAUCUGGCAAGUUGAAUAAGGAUGCCUUUGUCCAGUUAAUGAAAGCCAUGGAUGAUUUAGACAAUAUCACUAAUAUGCCAGAAGGCUUGGACCCUUCGACCUGGGAACAUUUCUGUGCAACCAGAAGAAUAAAAGUAGAAAAUGAGUUUAAAGUAAAGCAGAAGUCAACUGGCUUAACCGAAAUGGGAACUUUCCUCCGGAAGAGAGUUGAGGAUGAUGAAAGUGUUCAACAUGAGAUUGAGAGAGUAUUACGCGAGCUCAUCCUAUUACAGGAGGACAAAGUGAGAUUCCAGUUGGACUUGACCAUCCAAAUUCUUCUUAAGCAAGGACAAAUAGAAUUGGAGAAUUUCCAGUUAACUCUGGAGUAUUCAGAUGCAAUUCUCAUAAAUAAGAGCAUAAUUGAAGACUUGAAUUCUGUGAUUCGGACUCAAGGACAAAAGAAAGUAGCUAGUAUGAUGGAAAGUAAAGAUGUACACAAAGGGAUAUAUCAGAUUGAAUGGGAGCAUAAGAAAAUGGAGAUGGAAAUGGAAGAUCUAAAUCAGAAGGCUUGGGAUAUUCAGAUGCUGUUUUUUUCAAGAGAUCGUCAAAAGUACCUAAAUGAACCAAACUAUGAGAGUCUGAUUGCUCUUCAGAUUGGAAUAAUGGAGCAAACAAUCCAGGUUCUAGAUAAGACCCACAAAAAGAAUGUUGAGCACUGCAAAAAGCUACUCAGAAAACUCGGAAGAGUCAGCAAUCAAAAAGAUACAGCCAAUUAUCAUCUAAGCUGCAAUCUACAGAAUGAGCUGGUAGCUGUCUCUGAAAGAAAAGAAAUCUGUGACUCAAUAGGGACUAUGCUGACUUGUGAAAAGAUUGCCAAAGAACAAUUUGAAAGCAGGCUACAACAACAGAAGCUGACAAGCAUUUCCAAACAGCAAGCUGAACAGAUUUCAGUACUGCAAGCGGAAGUUGAAAGACUAAGGAUGAGAACAUUUCCUGCUCUUGUUCAAUUGUAAAACCCCAGCAGAAAACACAAGGCCAAAACAAUCCUUUGGAAAAAUCCUUUGGGUUAAAAUGAUUUCUUUUUUGUUUAUUUGAAUCAGGAAAUCUAAGUAAUCACCUCUGUUGCAGGUUUUUAAGAGCAAAUCGUUAAGUUUUAGCCUUAAUCAACAAAUUAGUAUCCUGCAUAAAUGUGUAUGCAUAAAUGUGUAAAGCACCAGGAAUUGUUUUUAUUCA